AUGGCUACUCCAAAAAUCGACUUCACGGCCUUUCACAACAUCGUGAACGGCCAGCUUCGAGGCUCUGAGAAGACCUAUCACAGCGUCGACCCGGCGACCAAAGAGCCGCUAUGGGAAGCGCCCGUCGCGACCCAGGACGAUUUGGACGACGCAGUCAGGGCUGCUCAAGCUGCAUUCAAAACAUGGAGCAAAACGCCCAUACAAGACCGUAGCAAGCUCCUCAAAGACUUAGCUGCGGCACUGAUCAAUUACCAAUCUGAGUUGGGCCAGCUCUUGACAAAAGAGGUUCGGAGACCCAAUGCAUUCUAUGAGACAACAAUUGCCGGUUACAUGCUCCAGAAUGUCGCCGGUCUGACCUUGGAUGAGGAGGUCAUAGAUGAAGUCGAGACGAACCGCAGGCUCGUCACAAGGCGCAUGCCAUUGGGUGUUGUCGGUGCCAUUUGCCCGUGGAACUUGCCACUGGGUCUCGCGGUCCAAAAGAUUGCACCGGCAUUGAUGGCGGGUAACUGCAUCAUCGUUAAGCCCUCGCCCUACACGCCGUACUCGGGCUUGAAGCUGGUUGAGAUUGCGCAGUCUAUAUUCCCACCAGGCGUGGUUCAGGUCCUUGGUGGUGAUGACCAGCUCGGUCCAUGGAUGGUGAAACAUCCUGGUAUUCAAAAGAUCAGCUUCACAGGCUCUUGCCCCACGGGCAAGAAAGUCGUGAAAGGGGCUGCCGACACCAUGAAACGCGUUACCCUCGAACUUGGCGGUAACGAUGCUUGUAUUGUUUGCCCGGACGUCAAUAUCUCUGAAGCAGCCCAUGGAGUGGCACAAGGUGCUUUGUAUAACACAGGCAUGGCCUGCCUUGCCGCCAAACGCGUUUAUGUGCACGACGACAUCUAUGACAAGUUCCUCGAGGCUCUCGUCGAAGCCGUAAAAACCCUUCAGAUUGGCGACACCACCAGCAAAGGUGACGCGCUCGGGCCAAUCCAGAACGAAAUGCAGUACAAAAAGGUGCUCGAAUACUAUAAAGACAGCAUUCAGCAGGGACACAAGUUCGCGCUUGGGGGAGAGGUCAAAGAGAGUACAGGAUUUUUCAUCGAGCCGGCUGUUAUUGACAAUCCUCCCCAUAAGUCCAGGAUUGUACAAGAAGAACCUUUCGGACCCAUCUUUCCUGUCUUGCAUUGGAAGGAUGAAGACGAAGUUAUCGAGCGUGCCAAUUCGGUGGAUGUUGGCCUUACUGGCAGCGUUUUCUCCAGCGACAUUACGCGAGCAGAGCGCAUCGCGCGGCAGCUCGAGACAGGCCUUGUCUGGAUCAAUGAGGUCGCCAAAACAAGCAUGGCUAUGCCUUUUGGGGGUUGGAAGCAAUCCGGUUUAGGCUUUGAAGGGGGACGAGAGGCGUUGCACGGGUAUACUAACGUGCAGGUUUUGUACAUCCCAAAACCUAUAUAA